AUGUCCCGCGUCGCUACACAACUCAAGUUCUUCAACAAGAUAAGUUCGACGACUGUGGAGCCCCAAAUUCUGCUGAAUGCUCACAAAUACUCAGGUCUGAAAUUGAUGUUCCAGCAACAAAAUCACAACGGCCACAUGGGGGCCCGCAAGUUCUGGCAUGAAUACUUACCUACCUUGCAAUUUUACAAUCCAGAUCUACAAUUCCAAGUAACUAGAGUCAAAAACGAGGAUAAGAAAGACGCCAGUGUUCCUUGUACUCUGGAGAUUCUCGAUAAAGAAAACGCUGUGGUGGACUCCCUGGAUAUGAGAAACAAACAGGGCUCUGAAAUCAUGCAAGAACUACUGGAAAAGCUCGAACACGAGCGAGUGGCCGAGGAAGACAUCGUGAGGCUCUGA